CCCGCUUUUCCCCACUCAUUAGUUCCAGUGGUCAUCACUGACCUCGCUCCUCACGCUCCCCACACUAUACCUUUCCUCUCCCUUUCGCACUCGUCUUUUUCUCUCUAGCGAUUCACACUCGUUCUCGACUCGUCCAGCUUCACUCACCUUUCGCGACUUCUCCACUCGUUUACUCGGCCACCACGCGGAGGUUUGCACAGUCGCAUCCACCGCAACAGCGCCUCCUCUUCUCUCUCAUCUCCGCCCCUCUGUACUACUAUACGUGCCUAAGGAAGACUUGAUUACCGGUGAAGUCUGAUUUAGGAAAUAAAUGGAGUAUCAGAUUCAUGUCGAUCCUGAAAAUGGACGACCCCAUACUGCCCCAUAAAGCGCAAAAGCGAGCGGGAGACAGAAACACAGAGAACAGUGUGCAAAGAAAGAUCUGGCCACCAUGGGGUGAUCUAGGAAAAUGCAAAAGAAAAUAAAAGAAAAAUAGAAAAAGAAAGAAUAGCAGCUGAAGUGGUUCGCCGCCGCUGGUAGUAGUCGUAACGGAACAGUGAAAGUUUUUUACCCCCGGGUAGUUUGCACUAAUCCCACCAUAUCAUAUAUUUCAGCCUUCAGCUUGGGUUCGAUUGACCAGAAUAUAAGGUCCAACAUCUAACAUCCUAAUAUAAGUGAGUGUUAUUGCUGGGUUGAGCGAUGGCCGUUGUGGCCCAUGCAGAUUCUAAGGGAAUGUAUUCAUGGUGGUGGGACAGCCAUAUUAGCCCCAAGAACUCAAAAUGGCUCCAGGAAAACCUUUCUGAUAUGGAUGUGAAGGUGAGGCAAAUGAUCAAGCUUAUUGAAGAAGAUGCAGAUUCCUUUGCAAGGAGGGCAGAAAUGUAUUAUAAGAAACGCCCGGAGCUCAUGAAAUUGGUUGAAGAGUUUUACAGGGCAUACCGUGCAUUGGCCGAGAGAUAUGAUCAUGCCACCGUUGUGAUCCGUCAGGCUCACCACACCAUGGCGGAGGCAUUCCCCAACCAAGUUCCUCCGAUUCCGCCUGAUGAUUCUGAGCCACGUACUCCUAAGACGCCCCACCCUUCACGUGCAUUUCUUGACUCAGAUCAAUUGCACAAGGAUGUUUCUGUGACCUCUCCAUCUCAUUUUCAUGAUAUGAAGAGAAACGGUGCUGUUAUCGAAGAAUCUGAUUCUGUUAUUAGUGCAAGGGGUUUAAAGCAGUUCAAUGAUCCAUUUGCAUCUGGUGAACAUAUGAGCAAUGGAAAAUUUGCAGAAGGGCGAGCUCGGAAGGGGCUUAAUUUUCUUGACACCGGAGAGCAGAGCAAUGAUACUGCGAUUCGAGGCUUGUCUGAGGCUGAACGGAUGGCUAAAACUGAGACGGAAAUCUUGGCCUUGAAGAAAGCCCUCGCUAAAUUAGAAGGUGAAAGGGAAGCUGGCUUGCUUCAGUAUCAGCAGAGUAUGGAGAGACUGUCAAAUCUAGAGUCAGAAGUUUUUAACACGCAGGAGAACUCUCGAGGACUUGACGAACGAGCAAGUAAAGCAGAAACUGAAGUUCAAACCUUGAAGGAUGUGCUCAUCAGAUUACAGGCUGAAAGGGAAGUUAGUCUUGUUCAGUACCAGCAGUGCUUGGAGAAAAUUUCGAACCUGGAGAACAAAAUUUCUUCGGCUCUGAAAGAUGCAGGAGAAUUUGAUGAACGAGCUACUAAAGCAGAAAUAGAAGCUGACUCACUCAAGCAGGACCUUGCUAGAGUAGAAGCUGAAAAAGAAGCUGCUCUUGAUCAAUAUAAACAGUGCGUGGAGACAUCAUCAAAAUUGGAGGAGAGACUAAUGCAAGCUGAGAAGAAUGCAAAGAGGAUUAAUGAGCAAGCUAACAAUGCUGAAAAUGAACUCGGCGCCAUGAAGCUGGAAAUUGCUAAGCUUACAGGCGAGCAUGAUGAUGCUGCUCUCCGUUAUCAGCAAUGCUUGGAUAUAAUUUCCAGCUUAGAGCAUAAACUCUCUUGUGCAGAAGAGGAGAUGCGCAGGCUAACUUGUAAUGUACAGGAUGAGGCUGAAAAGUUAGAGAGUUCUGAACAGAAGCGUCUUUUCCUAGAAACAUCUAAUCAUACUCUUCAGUCUGAAUUGCAGUCUUUAGUCCAAAAGAUUGGCUCUCAGAGUGAAGAACUUAACGAGAAGCAAAAGGAAUUGGGUAGGCUGUGGACUUGCGUACAAGAGGAGCGACUACGAUUCAAGGAGGCUGAAACCGCUUUCCAAAAUCUUCAACAUUUGCAUUCUCAAUCUCAGGAAGAGCUUAGAUCUCUAGCUGUUGAACUUCAUAAUAAGGCUGAAAUUUUGGAAAAUGUUGAAUGCUGUAAGAAGGCUUUAGAGCAUGAAGUACAAAGGGUCAAGGAGGAAAACCAAUGUCUGCAUGAGCUCCAAUUAUCUUCAUCGUUGUCCUUUAGAAAUUGGCAGGAUGAGAUAUCAAAUUUGAGGGACAAAAUAGCAAAACUCGAACAGGAGAUCAAACUGCGAGUGGAGGAAAGAAAUUCUCUUCAGCAAGAAAUUUUCUGUCUUAAAGAGGAGCUCAACAAUGCCAAUAAAAGACACGAAGCUACGAUGGGCGAGGUGGGGUUAAAUGGGCUUGAUCCACAGUGCUUUUUAUCAUCAAUUAAGAGUUUGCAGGAUGAGAACUCAAAGCUGAAGGAGACAUGUGAGGCUGACAGAAGCGAGAAAGCUGCUUUUCUUGAAAAACUAGAGAUCAUGGAUAACCUUGUGGGAAAAAAUGCUGUAUUGGAAAAUUCCCUUUCCAACUUGAAAAAGGAGUUGGAGUGUGUUAGAGGAAACGUAAAGUUGUUAGAAGAAACAUGCCAGUCUCUACUUGUGGAGAAAUCCACCCUUGCUUCUGAGAAGGCCACUUUGUUUUCUCAGUUACAGGCUACAAUUGAGAAGCUACAAAAGCUUUCAGAAAAGAACAAACUUUUGGAAAAUUCUCUAUUUGAUGUAAAUGCUGAACUUGAAGGACUAAGGCUAAAGUCAAAAAUCUUAGAGGACUCAUGCGAGUUACUUGAUCACGAGAACUCAAGUCUCAUUUCUGAGAAAGACACUCUUCUUUCACAGUUCAUCACCACUCAGCAAACACUGAAAAAUCUAGAGAAACAACGUAGUGAAUUGGAGAUGAAGCACUUGGAAUUGAAAGGAGAAAAGGAAUCUGCACUUCAAAAGGUAAACGAGCUACUGUCUUCCUUAUAUGCUGAGAGAGAAGAGCAUUCCAGAAUUGUGCAACUCAAUAAAAUUCAAUUGGCUGAGAAGGAAUUAGAAAUUCAUGUUCUACAAGAUGAUGCAAAAUGCCAGAAAAAGGAAUAUGAGGAUGAACUAGAUAGAGCUGUAAGCGCUCAAAUUGAAAAUUUCAUCUUACAGAAGUCUAUCCGGGAUUUGGAGAAAAAGAGCUUCUCCCUUCUUGUUGAAUACCAGAGAUGCUCGGAGACAUCCAAAAUGUCUGAAGAGCUGAUAUCUGAAUUGAAGAAAGAAAAUGAUCAAAUGCAGGCUGACAUGAAUUCUUUGUGUGAAAAAACUAGAAUACUAAGGAAUGGGUUGCUUCAGGUUCUGAAGUCUCUUGACAUCAACCGUGAGCAUUUCUAUGGAGAUAUAAUUGAAGAAGAGCAGAGGCUUCUGAAUCCUAAACAUGGCAAACUUCAGGAGGCACAAAAUUCUUUAGCUACAGAAUUCAACAAAAGCCAGAAACUAGCUAUUGAAAAUUCGGUUCUUGUUGCAUUACUGGGGCAGUUGGAACCAAGGGUACAAGAGCUUGUGACAGAAAGAACUGACCGGGAUGAGGAGUUGAGGAACCAAUCUGUGCAAUUCAUGGCAUUACAAGCAGAGUUGCAACAGAUAUUGGGUAAGAAUGAGGAAUUGAAUUUGACAAUGAGCAAGGGAGAAGAGAGAAUGCGAGUAAUGGCAACUGAGAUAGAGAAUUUGCGGAGGCAGCUGUCAGACUUGGAUGAGUUGUACAGUGACUUAAAGGAAGAAAGAUGCAAAACUUUUGAAGAGAAAACAUCAUUGAUGAGAAGAUUCGUAGAUCUUAAUGAAGAGAAAUUUAAUCUGGAAGAAGAGAUCCGUGCCAUGAUUUCCCAGACAAUAGCUCAAUCUAUUGUUUCUGUGGUCUACCAAAACACAGUCUUUGAAAAACUCCUGGCACUUGAGGAGUUAGGUGAAGAUCUUGAUGAACUUUGUUCAAAUCAUAAUGACCUUGAAAAAGAGGUUGGACAGUGCGAAACUCUGGCCGCCACACUCUAUGCUGAAUUGCAGAUUUCUACCAUCAAUGAAACCGUACUUAAAGGAAAGGUCUGUGAGCUAGCAGAUGCAUGUAGGAAACUUGAAAAGGGAAGGACCUCCACAGGUGUGGAAAGUAAAAGGCUGAAACACAGAGUUAGCGAAUUAGAAAGUGAAAAUGGAAGACUGCGUGAUCGGUUGGCUUCUUUUGGCCCAGCUGUCAGUGCUUUGGACAAUUGUAUAUCAUCAUUGGAGACGCAGACUCUCGUACUGGCAAAAUCUCAUGACAACGCAGAAGAAAAGGCUAAUAAUUUGGCGAAAAAACAAUACGCUGAAGGCAGUGCACAAAUGAGCAGAGAUCUCAUCACGGCACCAGAUUCCCUCCCAGACUUCCAACACAUACAGAAAAGGAUCAAUGCGAUUGAAAUGGCUGUGAAACAAAUGAAUGGAAGUUUCAGACGGAAGGACAAACUCAAGGAGAUUCAAGAACCAAAAUCUGGAAGCAGCCGACACCUAGAAAACAUUCAAAUCAGCAAGCAUAUUACUCUAGUGGAUGAAGCAGAGGAUAAACUCACUGAUGAAAAGGUGAUGAGGAAAUCAUUGCCAACAAUCCAGUACGCAGACAACGAGGUUCUGCCCAAAGACAUCAUGCUUGAUCAAAUGUCAGAAUGUUCGUCGUACGGGCUAACUCGAAGAGAAACUCUUGAUGCUGAUGAUCCGAUGCUCGAGCUAUGGGAAACUGCAGAUAGGAAUAGCAGCAUUGGUCUAACUGUCGGAAAGGCGCACAAAACGGCUACCAGACCAUCGAGCCACCAUCAAAGAAGAGCAAGCAGGGAAUCCAGAACUAAAAUUCCCUCCACAGAGUCAAUGACUGAAAAGGAAUUGAGCGUGGACAAAUUAGAGGUCUCAAAUUCAAGAAGAUUCACAGAGGGCCGUGACGAAAACAGCAAGCGGAAGCUUCUAGACAAACUUGACACCGAUGCACAAAAGCUCACAAACCUUCACAUCGUCGUGCAAGACUUGAUAAAGAAGGUAGAAAUCACCAAACAAAUCCCAAUGGGGAAGGAUAUUGAGUACGAUACAGUUAAACGGCAGCUUGAAGCUUCUGAAGAAGUCAUCACAAAGCUGUUUGACGGAAACCGGAAGUUGUUGAGGAAAGUAAGAGACGGAACGGUGUCGUUUGGGGGGAAGCGAGCAGGGGGAACAGAUUCCGACGAGAGCAGCGGAAGCGUCAAUAGAAGCAGAAGGAGAGCCGCAGAACAAGCGCGGAGAGCAUCGGAAAAAAUAGGAAAGCUUCAAAUGGAUGUGCAGAGACUGCAAUUUCUGCUUCUGAAGCUUGACGAAGAGAAACAAAGUACAGGAAAAGCAAGAAUGACUGCUGAUCGAAGUGCUAGGGUGCUUCUGCGAGAUUAUCUUUAUGGAGGGACGAGAUCAAGAACGGUUAUCCACAAGAGGAAGAAAGCACCCUUUUGUGGAUGUGUUCAGCCUCCCACCAAGGCAUAGUUUAGAGCUUACCAGUUGUCUUCAGGAAAUUUAGAGGCAGAUGACUAGCGAUGUCUAACUGAUAACAUUCAUUUUUUUUUCAAGGAAAAAAAUAUUUAUGUUAUGCCCUCCAUGCUUAGUUUAUGUAUAGCUUUCUAGCUUAAGUGCUUAACUGAAUAUAUUUUGCAGUUCGGAAUUGAAUUGGGUUAAUUCAUUAGUUA